AUGGUUCUCAAACGGCCCGGGCGCCCCGAGGAGCCCCGCGUCCGGGCGGUGGCGGCGGGAGGAGGAGGAGGAGCAGGCGGUGGCGGCGGCGGCGGCGGCGGCGGCGGCGGGAAGAAGACGAGAGGAGGGAAAAAAAAAAAAAAAAAAAAACAAGAGGGAAAAGUUGCCACUUACACGGUUGCUUCUCCGGCGGCGGCGGCUGCAGCGGCGCUGCUGGCGACGGCGGGAGCUGGCGGCGCUUUUAAUCCCGAAAAGAGGCGCUCGGGCCGCGGAGCCCAUCAAGGCAGCAGCGGCGGCUGGCGGGGGUCGGCGGCGGCGGCGGCGGCGGCGGCGGCGGAGGACGCGCUGCUGGCGGCGGCGGCGGCGGCGGCGGCGGCGGAGCUGGAGCUGGAGCGCGCGCGGCGGAGCCCGGGGCGGGAGGCGGCCGCAGCCGGGGAGCCGGAGCCGCCGCCGCCGCUGCCGCCGAGCAGCAUGGUUGGCGGGGAGUUUACAGCCCCCGGAGCGGGCAGGGGCCACGGAGGAGAAGCGGCGGCGGCGGCGGCGGCGGCUCUAGGCUGUAAUUGGGAUGCAAAGCAGGCGGUGGUGGUGGCGGCGGCGGCGGCGGCGGCGGCUGCGGCCGGGAGGAGGAGGAGGAGGCGGCGGCGGCGGCGGCGGCGGCGGUGGUGGUGGCGGUGGCGGCGGCGGCGGCGGCGGCUGCAGCGGUCGGAGGGGACGCGCUGGAAGUGGGAGCUGAUGAGUGAAAAGAAAAAAAAUCCAAAGUGCAGGUCAGUGUAAAAUGUAGCUGACUGAAGGAAGACUGGUAAAUUCUGAAUUUUUCCAUAAUGCAUCAGGUAAGGAAAAUUGUUCAGACCUUCAGGAACAUCUGUGCUUUGUAUUUAUCUGUCUUCACCGAUCUUCAUAAAGCUGUUUAUUUUUUUCAAAGAUGUAGCAGAAUUAAAUUGUUCCUUGUAGAUCUUGGAAAGUCACUUAAAUACUAUGUGUUUAUUUUCUUUUAAAAUGUAAACAGUAGUAGAAGUGAACUUGUGCCUUGUUUUUUAUAUAAAAAUGACUUGGAGAAAGUCAAUAUCUCCAUGGAUAUAAACUAUUUGGGGGAAAAUUCUAGAUAUAAAUGUAUUUUAUGUUGCAAUAUAGGAAAUGUCAGCUUAAUCUGGUAAAUACUUAUGCUAAUUUUACUGAGUGAAUUCGUUAUAAGGAGGAGAGGUACCAAGCGUGUAUGAUUGAAUAAUACUUAGAUGAUAAUCCAGCAUCUUUAUGGAUUAUUCUAUGCACAAAAUUGGAAGGGAAAAAAACAUCCAAGAAAUUCAGAUUCUGAAUCCUUCAUUUAACUAACAAGGGGGUAGAAAAUUUUAGACAACCCUUUAUAAAAUAUUUACAUUGAGGAGGGAAAGUAGAACAUAGGGUGAAUAUUGUAUUGAUGUAUGCCUUUCUCUUCCUGGAUAUUACAUAUAUGCAUCUAUAAUAUGUAAUGAAUGGAUGGAUAUAUAAAAACCACAAAGAUAUAUGCAUAAAGGGGUACAUAAAUACAUUUGAAUGACUCAGAUGUCUUUGCAUCUGUGUGGGUGUGUGAAUAUAUAUGUGCACACACACACACACACAAGGUGCACAGAAACGCAGGUACCUAACCAGGGCUACAGCAGGGCUCUCUCGCUGGGGGGUUGUUUCCAGAUGGCUUUGAAGCCACUUCUGUAAAUAUGACAUAGCAAUGUUGGUUUAAUGAUGCACAUGUGGAGGGUGAAUUUGAGGAUGAAUCUGUUUCUUUCCCCCCCACCCCCCCGCAAUUUUUAGAAUAGGAGGUUGCAAUGUGAGCAGCUCUCAUUCAUUUGGUCCAGGGAUUUAGAGGUGCAAUGGGCCAGUCUUCAGAAAGAAGGGGAAAUAAAGGAGUUAUUAGGAGAUGGCACUUGGAAAGAGCCUAGAUCUGGGCCCUAGAAUUUUUGUUUUUAUCUUCAGGGAGAUUGGGGACAGAGAAACAAAAAGAGUGGGGAGGGAAGGGAGAGGGGGAAAAAAAAAGAACACCCCCCUUCCCCCUGCGAGGAGACAGGGAAGGUUGAAAGGACGCCUCUCCGCACCACUCCAGCGCUUAGAUCUAAGAGAAGGGUUGUGGGCGAGGAAUGUUCUGGCCCCUUUUUGAAUGCGUAUUGUUAUUCUAAGUCUAUUGUAUGUACGUGUUGCUGUCAUUUCAUUUGCCACGACAACAUAUGGAUCCCAUAAAUACAGACAUGCUGAAGUGCAUCUUGCUGGGUAGUUAACACGAUCCAAACAUCCCUCCUCGAUCCGCCAAC